AUGUCGCGCCCAAUGCCCAGACUGUUUCUCAUCCGCCACGAGUUGAUCAAGCCCGAAAAUAUUUGUCACGUCCUGGUGUCGCCCCGUCAGAGGGCUCAGAAGACGUUUCAUACUUUAUUCGAAGGACAGGAAUUGCCACCCCACGAGACUACAGAAGCCGUCGCUGAAUGGAAUUAUGGUGACUAUGAAGGUCUAGUUAUAUCUGAGAUCAAGCAGAAAGACCCCAACUGGGUUAUUUGGCGCGAUGGCUGUCCAGGAGGCGAGAGUGUCGCUGACAUCACGAAGCGAAUCGACGACACAAUCAAGGUGGUUCGAGAAUAUCAUCGUCGGUACAAGGAAGAGGGCAUCGGUAAAAGAGACAUGCUCAUUGUUGCUCAUGGUCACUUCUUGAGGGCAUUCAUUGCUCGCUGGGUCGAGUUUAACCUCUGCUUGGGCACACACUUUAACGUUGAGCCUGCUAGUAUUGCUAUGCUCACGUAUCAGCACAACAACCUUGCUGAACCCAGUUUGACUGCGUUGAAUUUGUUUGCAUUCUCCGACUAG